UUUCUCGAUUCUUUUCUUCUCCCAAAAUCGCGCUGAUAAGCAUGGCGGCUGCUGCACGGGGUUUUGUUAGUUUUUCGAAACAUUCAAAAAUUCUACAAUGCGGAAAACUACAAUCGCUUCCAAGUCGACAAAUAACAACAUCAAUAACAUGUUGUAAUCAUUUUGAAUAUUCAAAUCAACAUGUCUUUUCUGCAAAACAUUCAACAAAAUCAUUACUAUCAUCGACUGGCUCCCAGCCAAUAACAACAAUCAUUCGGUCGUUUCAUCGAUCCGGCAGAUUGAAUAAGUCAGAUUACUAUCAAACUUUGGGCGUGCCUAAAAAUGCCUCCGCCAAAGACAUCAAAAAGGCUUACUAUCAAUUAGCCAAAAAAUAUCAUCCCGACACAAAUAAGGAUCCGAAUUCUGGAAAAAAAUUCCAAGAAGUAUCGGAAGCUUAUGAAGUGUUGAGUGAUGAACAAAAGCGCCGAGAAUACGAUACUUAUGGUCAAACUACCGAGGACAUGAAUCGUGCCGGUUAUGGUGCCGGUGCCGAUCCUCGAGGACCGCAGGGUUUCUCUCAGAGUUGGCAAUUCCGAUCGACAAUUGAUCCGGAAGAGCUAUUCCGUAAGAUAUUCGGAGAGGCUAAUUUCCGUUCGAAUAAUUUCGAGGAAUUUGCCGAGUCACAAUAUGGUUUCGGGUCGGCUCAAGAAGUUGUUAUGGAUUUGACCUUUGCUCAGGCAGCACGAGGUGUUAAUAAAGAUGUUAAUGUUAAUAUUGUUGAUACUUGUCCAAAGUGCAGUGGGACUAAAUGUGAACCGGGGACAAAGCCAGGAAAGUGUCAGUAUUGUAAUGGUACUGGCAUGGAAACUAUAUCGACUGGGCCAUUUGUGAUGAGGUCGACAUGUCGUUAUUGUCAAGGGACUAGGCAAUUUAUUAAGUAUCCUUGUGUUGAGUGUGAAGGAAAAGGACAAUCUGUUCAAAGGAAAAAAGUUACUGUUCCCGUACCUGCUGGAGUUGAAAAUGGGCAAACUGUACGAUUAGCUGUUGGACGAAAAGAGAUUUUCAUUACUUUCAGAGUUGAGAAGAGUAAAUAUUUCCGACGUGAUGGUGCCGAUGUACAUACUGAUGCCACAGUAUCCGUAUCACAAGCUAUAUUGGGCGGAACUAUUCGUAUUCAAGGAAUAUACGAAGAUCAUGUUAUCAAUAUUGAACCCGGUACUUCAUCACAUCGCACGAUCUCUCUACGUGGUAAAGGCUUAAAACGUGUCAAUGCUUAUGGACAUGGUGAUCAUUUUGUCAAUAUCAAAAUAGAUAUUCCCAAAUCUUUGUCAGCAGAACAAAGAGCUUUAAUACAGGCCUUUGCUGAAUUAGAAAAAGACACACCUGGACAAAUUAAUGGCAUUACACAGAAAAAAGACGGUAAGUUCUACCAAUCAUCAUCACAAUCGCAAUCGCAAAGUGAAAAAGAAAAUCUUUCGAGUAAAUUUACGCAAGGUGCAGACGAAUCGCAUAAAACCUACACCGAACACGAUGAUAGUGCAUUUAAAGAAAAACCCUUCGGUUCGCGAGUGUAUUUUGGAAUAGGCAUGCUAAUUGCUUUUGCAAUUGCAUUUUACGCUAUAAACAGCGGUAAUAUGACCGAUAAUUAUUUGGAAAAUGGACGCUUAGAGAGUUUACGAAGAAAACAACUCGAUCAAGCAUUGGAAGAGGAGAGGGAAAUGCUUAUGCGUGAACAUCAGCGCAAUCAGUCUCGACAAAAUUAUGAAAGUCCAUUUAAAUCGGCUUAAGAGCGAAAAACUAUUUAAAUUGAUAAAUUAAAAAACAAAAAUUUGA